GGUAGUGGUACUGAUGCGGGAUGAGUCAGGCUAUAUGAUGCUGCUGCCAUUUCAUCAGCAGCGAAAGCCUCCAAACCCCGAGCAAACACAGAAACGAUACCGCGGGAUUUCCCUCUCACAGCCUCGUAGACAUCCUCUCAGCUCUGGGGCUCGAAACAGAGAACAGAGGCCUGCUCGCAGUUUAUUCGCGGCUCCGAGCGAAAGCGCAAGAUCCCUUUUUUCUGGUUGCACCUGCACUUGGAUGCGUUUUUCUCCUUUCAGCACUCAAUCGGGCCUGACAUUAAGGAGGAAGUCAGCCCUGAGUCCUCCGGGGCCUGCCGCUCACCAGCCUCUGUGAUCCAGCUUCCACACAAACAUCGAGGUUUCGCCGCUUUUGGGUUGUUUUUGCGGCUCCCUGAGCAUCGAUCCCCCAGACUAGCCUGUAUCAUGGAGCCCUCAGCAGCCUGAACAGCGUGACAAGAGCGACCAUUCUGUCCCGAAGCACUCCACUGCUGCUCCAACUCGUACCACAGCAAGCAGACCAACACUUACAAGCACACCGGGGAGAGCUGCAGAUCCAAGUCAUGGAGGCAAUAUGGCUCUAUCAGUUCCGGCUGAUCGUCAUCGGGGACUCCACGGUGGGCAAGUCAUGUCUGAUCCGGCGGUUCACGGAGGGUCGCUUCGCCCAAGUGUCCGACCCGACCGUCGGGGUGGACUUCUUCUCCCGCCUGGUGGAGAUCGAGCCGGGCAAGAGGAUCAAGCUGCAGAUCUGGGACACCGCUGGUCAGGAGCGCUUCAGGUCUAUUACCAGGGCUUACUACCGUAACUCUGUGGGUGGGCUUCUCCUCUUUGAUAUCACCAAUCGCCGAUCUUUCCAGAAUGUCCAUGACUGGCUGGAGGAGGCUCGUAGUCAUGUCCAGCCACAUAGCAUCGUAUUUCUAUUGGUGGGCCACAAGUGUGAUCUGGAGGCACAGCGGCAGGUGACCCGCCAAGAAGCAGAGAAACUGGCUGGGGCGUAUGGGAUGCGCUAUGUUGAGACGUCAGCCCGUGACGCCAUCAAUGUGGAACACGCCUUCACUGAGCUGACCAGAGACAUCUUCGCCCUGGUUCGGUCUGGUGACAUCACCAUCCAGGAGGGCUGGGAGGGUGUGAAGAGUGGGUUUGUGCCCAAUGUGGUUCACUCAUCCGAGGAAGUGACCAAGAGUGACCGCCGCUGUCUCUGUUGAUCUGGGAAGACUGAAGAUAGGGGAGUGAAGUGGAUCAGAGAGGGGUAGCUGACGGACUGAGGUGUCAGCCCUCUGACUGAAAACUGGUGGUAACCCUCGUUGUUCUUUCUUAGAAAAGACACAGAAAGGGAUGUUUGGCAUAUUUUAACAAAAAGGCUGGUAGAUCAUGGAGAAGAACACCUUGAAUGUGGGUGUAAGACUAAAAAUGGUUGCGCCCAUUAAAGAUGCUCAUUUGAGGGCUCCCUUUUCUUUUGUUUUGGGCUUCUUUCCUGAAUAAACCUCCCUUGCAAAAGCCUUAGAAAGAUGAUCCAUUUCAUGUUUCUUCCUCCGUUUAAGUCUUCGGUCACCUCUCUGCUCCCUAGCCUUCUCCUCGCAAUAUGCAAUUACACGAUCGCACUGAAAGCUAUCACUCCUACGUUAGUGUCCAACAUCUUUUUCAGCAUUUUCAGUGUAGUGUACUUAGAUUCAACCUCAUUGAUUAUUUGAUUAGCAUCUACAGUACUGUGCCAAAAUCUUGAGUCAGCCUAAUGUUUUAAAUAUUGUGUUUGGAAAAUAGGAAAUAGUUGCAAUAAUGUCCUAAAAUGUGCAAAUACAGAAUCCCAAGACUAUCCCACUCUGCUUCAGUUAUGUUACGAUCCGUGCUCUGGGGAGGCCAGUCCAUGACUGAUAUUGCUCCACAGUGUGCUUUUCUAUCCGGGUAUAUUUGUACUGCAUAGGAAAUGCUUUUGGGAUCAUUGUCAUGCUGAAAAAAAAGCUGUUCCCCAUCAGAUGCUUUCCAGAUGAUAUUGAGUGGUGGAUCAUCGCAUCUAUUUUGAGAAAAUCUCCAACACCACUGGCUGAAAUGCAGCCCCAAACCAUGGCAGAGCCUCCAUCAUGUUUUACGGAUGGCUGUUCGCACUCACUGUUGUACUUCUCUACUGAUGUCCUUUGGACAAUUUGAACCAAAAAUGUGAAAUUUGGAUUCUAUGGUCAAUAGUUCAGUGGCUUAACAACA